AUGAGGGACAGCGACCUGGAGGCCACCCUUGAGGCAGACCGGAAGGCGAGCGAAAGCUACCUGAACCAGAGCACACUGCAGCCGGAGAGGAGUUUGGUGUGCCAGCACAUGCAGGAGCAGAACGCUGCCGGCUGGCCUCGCGACCAUCUGGACGGUGCAGCCAAUGUGGGAGUGAGGAGCAGCGACAACGAGGCUAAGCUUGGGACUGGCCUGAAGACGGAGGAGCACGCGGCCGCUGAAGAGGUCUGA